AUGACAUUAAACAUAAAUAAUUCAGUGGAUUCGUUUCCGGCACCCUCUACCUACAAACGAAUUUCAUUUUCACGCUCCAGGUCAUCUGUUUCACAGUUGGAAUCUAAUUUUACGACGACAAGCGUUGAUGGGCUCAGCGUUAAGGUGCCUAAAUGCUUAGUGCAAUGCUUUGACUACCUACAAUCUAACGGAAUGGUUGAAGGAAUAUUUCGCGUUAAUGGAUCAGUAAAAAGAAUAUCACAAUACUUUUCGAAUCAUAAUGUUGAAAACUGGAUUGCUGCUAACCCAAGUCCUCAUGAUAUUAGUGGAGUGAUUAAGAAAUAUUUAAAUUAUUAUUUAUAUGAGACUAGUGUCUUCGACGGGGAAACCACAAAGGAAAUCAAGAGUCAUUAUAACGAAUAUUUGAAUCAGAUACUGGUUAUUGAUCACAACGAUGAUGCGAGUAUUAACUCUUUCAAAACUGCCAAGACGUCCUAUGACUGUAAUCCUUUGAACGAAUUUGUGGAAAAAGUUGUCCAGUCAAUGAUAAGCGAAAGAUCGCAAGACAAAAACCAAUUGUUCAUCUACAUAGUCUACAAUUUGAGCUUGAUAAUGGAGCAUUCGGUAAAAACAAAGAUGUCAAGCAUAAAUUUGGCAAUAAUAUUCCAGCCUUAUUUUUUUGAUAACAGUGAUAUCAACAACAUUCAAGCUCUACCAUUCUUACAAGAAAUAUUGCAAACUUUAAUAGAGAAUUCACAUGUUCUUAUAAAUGAGUAUUCUAUUGAAGUGGCGAACCUUCAUGAUAACAAUUCGUUAAUGUCUAUUGAUAGUCCUAUAACGCAUCACGGUAACAGUACGGAUACCUAUAUUGAAACUGAGUCUUCUCCUGUUAGAAAAAGAUCGAUUUCAAAUAGAUUUUCGACUUUGCUUGACAGUUACUACAGUCCAAUAGGUAAUACGGCUACUGGAAAACCAAAGCGUUUUUCGUUGUCCAUUUCAGUCGACCAGCUUUCCAAUUCCAAGCCAGCUGAACUCAAGCCAAUUGAUCCUAAAUCCGUUGAUGUGAAAUCAAUAUCUAUGAAUGAUAUUAGUGAUGCUACGGGAUAUUCUACGACGAACUCCACCAACCCAGUAAAGCCAGAAUUAAAGUCCAAGAAAUCAAACAGAAAGAGCUUUAUUGCUUUAUUCAGAAACUCUUCCUCGUUCUCGAUAAAUUCAGAUGAUACCAAAGACCCAAUUUAUAAUCAUUUAAACAACUCGGCAGACAGUGUAUUAAUCGCUAAGAAUCCGAUUGUUCACGACCAACAAAAUUUCCUAAAGAGAAACUUUUCCAUGAAAAUGAAAUCAAAGAAACUAUAA